AUGGCAUUUCUCAUCCCCCCCUCAGCCCUAGAGAACCAGGCCUAUAGCUCUCUCCACUCCCCACCCCUGAAAAACAACCUAACACCCGGCGACGUGGGAAUCCUAAAAUCAACUCUCCUACCUUCGUUCGGUCUGUAUUCUACCCUCUCACUCGCAACAUACGUUGCAGCCGAAGCAACAAACCGAGUCGAUCUCAAAGACUGGCUCUGGCCAUCCGCCCAAGUCCUCAAUGCCUGGUGGACCGCCAUCGGGCAACCGAUGUGUAAACACGACAUCUCAUUCGGAACAGCUUGUGAGGCUCUAUCAUGGACCGAAAGGGUUCUUCUGAGCUGUGUUACUAUCUGGGGUACGAGGUUUUUUGCCCGGAUCGCGAGCCGGUCCUUAUCCCGCGGGACAGAUGAUGCGCGGUACGACGCUAUGAAAAAAGAGCCCGGUUUUUGGAAACGUGCAUUUUUGAAGAUCUUUUUACCGGAAGCUGUUGUGUUGAGUGUCAUCUCUUUGCCGUUCACGGUUCCGUUCACUAUGGGUGAAGCUACGCCCCCGAUAGGCGAUGAUAUGAUCAAUGUUAUUCGGGCGCUUGGAGUUGGGCUAUUUGGUGCUGGAUUUGCGAUGGAGGUUAUGGCAGAUACGCAGCUUGGAUUACAUCGACAAGAACGGACGGAUUUGUGUCGACAUGGUGUUUGGGGUUUGGUGCGGCACCCGAAUUACCUCGGGGACACUUUGGUCCAUUUCUCAUUUGCGUUGCUUAACAUGGCUGGUCCAUUUAACCCAGUUGUGAUACUGGGGCCUGUAACGAACUACCUGUUCCUUCGGUUUGUGGGUGGCGCCAAGGAGACUGAGGCUAGCCAGGAAGAGCGAUAUAAGUCUCAGGAUGCACAUAAGUAUGGGCAACUUCGACAGUGGCAGAGAGAGAAAAACAGUUUCUGGCCUAAUUUGCGGGACUUGGUGAAUCCAUCGGCAUUGGCUGUUGCUGGUUGCGGUUUUAUUGGUGUGGUGAUUGAGGAGGGGUUUAGAGGUGCUUACGAUAUGUGA